AGGCUCCGCCCUGAAACCGCAGAGGCACCAUUUUGUUUCGUUCUGGGCUUUGCUAUCGUCGACGAAUAAGUAGCUUAACGGACUUCUAAAUUGAAUCAAACGCCGUUAUGAGUGGAUGUCGUAUCUUCAUCGGCCGCCUGAGCCCGUCGGCCAGAGAGAAGGACGUGGAGAGGUUUUUCAAAGGAUACGGUCGCAUUCGAGACAUCGACCUGAAGAGAGGCUUCGGCUUCGUGGAGUUUGAUGAUCCCAGAGAUGCUGAAGAUGCUGUGUAUGAGCUUGAUGGCAAAGAGCUGUGCAAUGAAAGGGUGACUAUUGAGCACGCUCGUGUACGUCUGCGAGGUGGCCGCGGCCGUGGUGGUGGCGGCGGCGGUGGCGGUGGAGGAGGACGUUUUUCCGAUCGCUAUGGCAGAGGCUCCCAAAGCAGUCGGAGAAACCCUCCUCCAAUGCGCACCGAGAACCGCCUAAUUGUGGAGAACUUGUCCUCUCGUGUGAGCUGGCAGGACCUGAAAGAUUUCAUGAGACAAGCUGGAGAGGUGACAUUUGCUGACGCACAUCGUCCUAAGCUCAACGAAGGAGUGGUUGAGUUUGCCUCUCACAGUGAUCUGAAAAAUGCACUUGACAAACUGGCUGGAAAGGAAAUCAAUGGGAGGAAAAUCAAACUCAUUGAAGCUGCCAAAAAGAGGUCCAGAAGCCGUUCCCGCUCCGACAGCUCAUCUCGCUCACGGUCCCGUUCCCGCGGCCGCUCUCAGUCACGUUCUCCCAGACGCUCCCGCAGCCCUGCCAAGGCCCACCACCGUUCCCGCUCCCGCAGCGGCUCACCUGCAGGCGGCACCUCCUCGCCAAGCCCCAAAUCAAAGGAGCCCAACAAACGCUCCAAGACGAGCAAGUCCGUGACCCCGUCCUCCCCUCUGCCGGCUCAGAGGGCAUCUAACUCGCGCUCUCGCUCCAGGUCCCGCUCUCGCUCCAGGUCCCGGUCCCGCUCCCGCUCUAGAUCUCCUUCUACUGACAGUCAACGCUGAAAAGCAAAAGUUGAGUAAGUCCUUGUUUUUUGAAAUUUAGGCUUCAUGUUUGGAUUUUUUUUUUUUUUUUAAUUGUCUUUAAACUUCUCAGUUUCACAGACAGCUCAAAAUUGAACGGUAAUAUUUUAUUUUCCAACAAGAGCUUUCAGUUUAAACAGCUUUAACAGAAUACAUGCCAGUACAUCUGAUAAAGGCCUCAUUAACCAACAACUCCUGACACCUUCACACAUGAACUGAUGGAUGAAUGACCAGUAUGAACGCAAGUUAGACCUCCGCUGCACCAUCAGAACCAGAGUAAACCAUAAUCACCACCAUUCACACUAAUAAAAACUGGAUUCUGUAUUUUUUACAGGAUGUUUUUGAUUGAUGUGCUCCUCGUGUUUUCCGAGAUAUUUUUGCUUUGUCAGCGGAACGUUUUCCGUUCUGACCGUAACCAUGUAACCAUGGCAGCAGAUGUACACGUGUGGAUGAGAUGCAGCUGUGAAUGCUUGGAUGUGCUUGUUUUGAUCACACAUUGACAUCUUAGUUGUCUUGAACGAUAAAAUGUUUGCUUCAUGCUCACAAAGCGCCAACAUGUCAUUGGCAGCUUCUGUGUCAAAACACUCAUGUACAGUUGGGUUAUUCCUCCAAACAUCUGCGUAUGCUACCAAUUAUUCUGAGGAUUAUUAGUGUUAAUUUUGUAAAGAGUUUUGAGAAGUAAAACCAGGAAAUUAUGGCUUUUUUUUUUUUUUUCUUAUUUUAGUUUGAGAUUGGUGUACAGAUCACAACCUUUUGUCAAAGUGUUUAAAUGUAAUUCCAAGGCUACUUGUUGGUACUGUGACAGUUACUGUGGUUCACCUGAACACAUAGACAGGUUUAGGGAAAAACAACUUUUGUACAUGAGGGUUUUAUUUUCAGUGAACUGUUAUAGAUGUUUGUAUGGUGUUAAAGAAAAUACAGACCCAAUAAA